AUGGCUGUCGCUAUAAAGAUAUUUGAUUUUUCUCUCAGAGAACGUGGAGUUCAUUAUUGUUGGAUUUGCGAUGAACGUUCUCGUAAAUUGAAAGAAAGCGUAUCUGAAAAUGUGCUUAAUGAUGAACAAGAUUGGACUAAAGUUUUAAAUCGUAUUAUUCCAGAUGAAGGUCAGUCAGUCACACAAAAACCUUUUUCGUCAUAUAAUUUUCAAAAGGUGAAAGAUCUUUUUGGGUUGACGGUUGAUUGUUACUUAAAUUUAUCAUGUAUUGAGAUAAAAACUUUGGAGAUAUCAGAAGAUGUUAGAAACCAUGCAUUUGGUCAAAGUACUGUCCAAGCACAUGCAUCUAUGCAACCCGAUACUAAAAAACGUGUUGAAUGGUUAAUUACAAAAGUCAAAUCCGAGGAAUUACCUAUCAACAAAAAAUUGUUAAACCACGUUGACUUAAUUGAACCGGUUAAGGAACUAUUUAAACAAAUCAAGUGGAUUUUUGAUUAG